AAUGAACAACUUUUGCUUUUGAAUAGUCGUCGAGGCAGGUCGUUGGCGCGCUUGUUUAUUCCCAUACUUUUGUGCUUUCCGUCUCCGUGCGUUGUGUCGUCGUCGUCGUGUUGUUAGCCAGCGUUGAAACCGAAACCAGCUGGCAAAAAUAUAUUUAUGCGCUCGCUGUCGCUGCAUUCCGAACAAGUUCUCCACAAAUAAAUGUUUAUACCGGCCCAGUGACGUGAAAUUUUCGUGUUAAAUCAAAUGUCAAUUUAUGACUGAUCCAUUCCAAUUGGCCGUGCUGGAUCGAGGCCCAAAAUACAUAUAUUCUUUAUUAAUUGAGUGUGUUGUCACAGCAGAAAUUAAACGUCGAAAUCAGCAGAACCAGAAACACAAAACAUAACACAUAAAAACGACAAAAAAAAAUAUAUUUUUGUAUAAUCAAAAUUCAGAACGAGACGCGAAACGCAAGGCAAACACAGUGCGAGAUAAAUCGAGUAAAAGAGUGAAAAGGUAGAGAGACGAAGAAAACAAGCAAAACAAAAGCAAGAAGUGAACCCCGUAAUAUUCCAAUUUUCUUGAUCUUCGCGCGAGCAUCGUCCUCCCCUCUCACUCUUAUUUACCUGAGAGUCCGUCCCCUCUGCCAUUGCAGCCGGCAUUUGGUAACGUAACUCGCUCUCCCGCUCUCACGGGGCAAAACAAAACAACGCAAAGGAAUAGAGAGAAGCAGAACGAGAAGGAGAAGCAGCAGCAAAAAUGGCAUUGCAACGGGAAGUAGGCGUACAGGACUUUGUCCUACUGGAUCAUGUGUCCAUGGAGAAGUUCAUGGAUAACUUGCGUAAGCGUUUCCAAGCUGGCUCCAUUUACACAUACAUCGGCGAGGUGUGCGUCUCGAUGAAUCCCUACAGACAGAUGAACAUCUACGGCCCGGAGACCAUACGCAAGUACAAAGGUCGCGAACUGUUCGAGAAUGCGCCGCAUGUGUUUGCCAUUGCGGAUGCUGCCUACAGGGUGCUCAAGCAGCGCCACCAGGACACCUGCAUACUGAUCUCCGGCGAGUCGGGUGCCGGCAAGACAGAGGCCUCAAAGAUCAUCAUGAAGUACAUAGCGGCAGUGACGAAUACCCAGGGACAGAACGAAAUUGAAAGAGUGAAGAACGUGCUCAUACAGAGCAAUUCGAUAUUGGAGACCUUCGGCAAUGCGAAAACGAACCGCAACGACAACUCCAGUCGUUUUGGUAAAUAUAUGGACAUUGAGUUUGAUUACAAGGCGGAUCCCGUGGGUGGCAUCAUCACCAACUAUCUGCUCGAGAAAUCGCGUGUGGUGCAGCAACAGCCUGGCGAACGUAAUUUUCACAGUUUCUAUCAGCUCUUGCGCGGAGCCAACGACAAUGAGCUGCGUCAGUAUGAGCUGCAGAAGGAGACGGGCAAAUAUCAUUACUUGAACCAGGGCAGCAUGGACAUACUGACGGAGAAGUCCGACUACAAGGGCACCUGCAACGCCUUCAAGACGCUGGGCUUCUCCGCGGAUGAGGUGCACACCAUUUGGCGCACAGUCGCCGCUGUGCUGCACCUGGGCAAUGUGGAGUUUCAGACCAUUGAGGAUGAGCUGGUGAUUACGAACAAGCAGCAUCUGCAGUCGACGGCCAAGCUGCUGCAGGUCACCGAAUCGGAGCUGUCGACGGCACUGACCAAGCGCGUCAUUGCCGCCGGUGGCAAUGUCAUGCAGAAGGAUCACAAUGCCACACAGGCGGAGUACGGCAAGGAUGCGCUGGCCAAGGCCAUCUACGAUCGCCUCUUCACCUGGAUCAUAUCGCGCAUCAAUCGGGCGAUUCUGUUCCGCGGCAGCAAGACGCAGGCGCGGCACAACUCCGUCAUUGGCGUGCUCGAUAUCUAUGGCUUUGAGAUCUUCGAUUCGAACAGCUUCGAGCAGUUCUGCAUUAACUACUGCAACGAGAAGCUGCAGCAGCUGUUCAUUGAACUGGUGCUGAAGCAGGAGCAGGAGGAGUACCAGCGUGAGGGCAUCGAGUGGACGAACAUUGAUUACUUCAACAAUAAGAUCAUUUGCGAUCUGGUGGAGCAGCCGCACAAGGGCAUUAUCGCCAUCAUGGACGAGGCCUGUCUGAGUGUGGGCAAUGUCACCGACGACACACUGCUGGGUGCCAUGGACAAGAACCUGAGCAAGCAUCCGCAUUACACCAGUCGCCAGCUGAAGCCCACCGACAAGGAGCUGAAGCAUCGCGAGGAUUUCCGCAUCACGCACUACGCCGGCGAUGUUAUCUACAACAUCAAUGGGUUCAUCGAAAAGAACAAGGACACGCUGUACCAGGACUUCAAGCGACUGCUGCACAACUCCAAGGACUCGAACCUCAGCGAAAUGUGGCCCGAGGGUGCGCAGGACAUCAAGAAGACCACCAAACGGCCGCUGACAGCGGGCACACUCUUCCAGCGCUCCAUGGCCGAGCUGGUGGUGACGCUUCUGAAGAAGGAGCCCUUCUAUGUGCGCUGCGUCAAGCCCAACGACAUCAAGAGCUCGACCGUGUUCGAUGAGGAGCGGGUGCAGCAUCAGGUGCGCUACCUGGGUCUGCUCGAGAACGUGCGCGUGCGUCGCGCCGGCUUUGUGCACCGCCAGCGCUACGACAAGUUCCUGCUGCGCUACAAGAUGAUCUCCCAGUACACGUGGCCCAAUUUCCGCGCCGGCAGCGAUCGCGACGGCGUCCGGGUGCUCAUCGAGGAGAAGGGCUUCGCGCAGGACGUGAAAUACGGCCACACCAAGAUCUUUAUACGCUCGCCGAAGACGCUGUUCGCGCUGGAACAGCAGCGCAACGAGAUGAUACCGCACAUUGUGACGCUGCUGCAGAAGCAGGUGCGCGGCUGGAUAGCCAGGCGCAACUACAAGAAGAUGAGGGCCGCCAUGGCCAUAAUGCGCGCCUACAAGACGUACAAGCUGCGCAGCUACGUCCAGGAGCUGGCCAAUCGCUUCCGCAAUGCCAAGCAGCUGCGCGACUACGGCAAGAGCAUUCAGUGGCCCCAGCCGCCGUUGGCCGGCCGCAAGGCCGAGUCCAAGCUGCAUCGCAUCUUCGAUUUCUGGCGUGCGUGCAUGAUACUGCGCAAGUAUCCGCGCAGCGAGUGGCCCCAGCUGCGACUGCAGAUCAUUGCGGCCACUGCGCUGGCGGGCAGGCGUCCCUACUGGGGCCAGCAGCGGCGCUGGCUGGGCGACUAUCUGUCCAAUUCGCAGGACAACAGCGGCUACGAUUCGUACACGACGAAUGUGCGCAACAUGAAGAACCACGGCGGCGGCGACUCCUUCCGCCAGGUGCUCUUCUCGGGCUUCGUGAAGAAGUUCAAUCGGCACAACAAGCAGGCGGAUCGGGCGUUCAUUGUCACGGACUCCACCAUAUACAAGCUGGAUGGCAUCAAAAAGAAGUUCCGCGAUCUGCAGCGCUCCAUUGGCAUCAGAGAGCUAACAUCGAUCAGUGUGACGCCCGGACGGGAUCAGCUUAUUGUUUUCCACUCGCCAAAGAACAACGAUUUGGUGUUUGCGCUGCAAGGCGAGACAACGACACUGCGUGAAGAUCGCAUUGGUGAGCUGGUGGGCAUCGUGUGCAAGAAAUACCAUGACUUUACGGGCACGGAACUGCGCGUGAAUGUUAGCAGUAAUAUUGCCUGCCGCUUGGGCGACAAGCCGCGCAACAUUGUGGUCGAGGGUGCGGCCAAUGUGGAGAAUCCAAAUUUCCGUCAUUCCGCUGGCAGCAUUAUCUUCGAAGUGCCCUCAUCCUACUGCGUCUAAGCGACAGAGAGAGAGAGAGAGAGAGAGCGAGAGAGAGAGCUGACUCCCACAACCUUUAUUGUACAUUUUGCGUGAAAACAACCUAAGCUAAGGAUCCUUCUACUUAAAGCCUUGUCCACUGAUCUGUCCUGUCCACCAGCUAAUCCUCAACUCUGUGUAUACCGUGUGCCUUCUGCUAACCCUCCCCUCACCCAGCCAGCCAGCCACCCAUAAUUGUAGUUGUAAAAAUG